AUGAGGCUACCUGGGCUGUCUCGGCUUUGCCCGCGGGCCCCGGCCAGCAUGUUCCCACCAGGGCCCUUUACGACCCUGGGCACCGCGGGGCCGCUCGGCCACAGAGCGAAGCACCAUGCCUCUGUGGACGGGAGGCUGGCAUCGAGUGCCGUGUCGCCGAGAAGGCCGGCGACGGGCCUCCCCACCACGCCUCCCUGCUCGCCCCUGCUCAAGUGUACCCUGAUGAAGGACGUUUCCAGGCCUGGGGAAGGGGACGGGUGCCGGGCUGGCCGGGACCCCAUCUCUGGCAGUGAUGGGGUGCCGUCUUCAGAGCACGGCUGGAGGGGAGAGCCUGCUGCUGGAAGGAGCACGGCGGGGGGGCCCUCGGCUCUGGUCCCUCGGCUCUGGUCCGGGGUGUUUCUUCCUACGCUUUUGUUUAUUACAACAAAGGCUAAGCUUGGAGCCCUGAGGCCGGUGUGGCCGUGGCAGUUUCCGCCUACACUGUGUCUUGUGACCACUUCGGCAGGAAACGUCCUCAAGAAAUGCGAACCAGAAAUGUUAGGUUUCAGCUGUUCUGGGGUCCUUGCCUGGGCCCUCCGUCCUGCUGAGGAGGACAGGUCUCUGGCGUUCUUGCUCCCGUGUCCCUUGGCUGCCCUGGAUCGGAGACAUCUCCAGAGGAACCUCCUCCCCAGUUUCAACAGAAAAAGGAAGAAGAUGGCAAAGGCCACAGAAAAAACUUGGUGGGAGAAACCAGAAACUCUUACAAAUAAAAACGAGAACUUAAGGGAGCCCGUCUGUGAAUGAAUGAAAGCUUCUAGCUAGCAGCCGCACAGAGGCC